CCAAGUCCACAUCACGCUAUCUCUAUGCUGUUUUUUUUCGUUUGUGUGCGGAGUUCCAGUUUGGUUCCGCUCCGUUCAACUCAGCGCCGUGAUUUUUUGUUCUAUAGAAUGCGUCGGCUCGCACUGGUGAAUUUUGUGUAGGUCACGUUGGAGUAGUGGGUUGGGCAGCAGGGGGAUGAGGAUUUUGAUUCAUUGAGCCAGGAAUCUCUAUUUGAUAGAAGUCUGUCUCUGCUAGAGAAUUUGUACAGCAAGUCUGAAUUUGUUAGAUUCAGAGUACCAUAGGAAUUCUGAACUUUUAUUAGAGUGUGGUUAUGUGGCAGGGGGGUGGGGUGAGUUUAGGUGUUUCUCCCUAGGAGGGGAUUUUUUAUGGUGAUCAAAGUGUUUGAACAGACUAGCCGUUCCGCCAUUUCAAUGCCAUUGCAGCACAAACACCAGCACCAAAUCUUCCUGUAUGUGCAGCUGUCCCAGUUGUCCUUGUUUUGAUUGGCUUAUUUAACAAUGACAACCAAAACAAAAGAUUAGGGACAGUGUCGGCCUGCGAGGGAAACGGGCUGCGGCGCUCCAACAACCAAAACAAAUAACAAAAAAAAGUGACAAGCAAAAAAGUGACAAGCAAAAGAGGCCCGUUAUUGAGAGGGACAGUGCGGGCCUGAGAGGGAAACGGGCUGGGACAAGGAGGAUUGUGCUGGCCAGAGGGAAACGGGCUGGGACAAGAAAAGGGGAUGUCAUGCAUACGUCAUGUGAAUGAGACCAUUUUAUGUCUCAUUCGAAUGAGUUCCAGGCGCUCCCAUAAUUUUUUGCCAAAUAUAAUCCAUGAUCUGCGCGUGAGAUAUUUCAGCGAUUCUUUCCAACUAUGCUCCUCUACUUCCGCUUCCGUUGUAAUUCCCGCAUUAAUUACUCCAAAUCGCACGCCUCCUCCUUCUAUCUUUUCGCCUUUCAUCUUCGUCCGCCUCUUCUCCUCCCCGUCAAGCUCAUGGCCAUGGAAGAUAUCCACUUGUGGGAACUGGGAAGACAGAUAGCUUGCUUGCGGAGGACGGCGUCCAGCAGGGCGACGGAGUCCACCCGCACGGCGGCGUUCCCACAGAAGGCAGCGUCCAGCAGGGCAAUGGUGGCGUUCCCGCGGAAGGCGGUGUCCAUCAGGGCAACGGAGUCGUGCGAGCGUGCUCGGGGAGGGCGGCGUUCACCAAGGCGACGGCGAGGUCGCAGACGGACGUCACGGCAUGCCGUUCGGAGGAUUGCCGCCUCGCGCAGCUCAACGAUGGUGACUAUGUGGUGCAUGCUAGCGGCCAACAUGCAAGCACUGACGAUGGCCUUGGCAUGGCGCAGGUCGACGUCCAGCACUCGCACGCCUUGUGGAGUCGCGGGCUUCUACGGACUCCUUAAGGUUCCCGCGGAUGACGACCAGGGCGUUGUCACAGCUGUCCUGGAGGACGGUCGCCAAAAGCAGGUCGAGAAUGGCGACGACGUGUCGCACGCGGGCAGCCAGCAUGAGGCGCUGAUGAUGGACACUGCAUCGCGCAAGGCGACGACCACCACGCAGACAUCCACACACUUGAGACACAGUAGCCUUGCAGGACAUCAGAGAGCAGAUAACACAUUGGCCACAUCUCCAGUAAACGUGGCAAUCAUACUAAAUCAUAAAAGGAAGUAUGAAUGCAAUGCUUGAGAAGACUAGGACUCUGAAAAUUGACACGAAGCAGAGUUAUGUGCUUGUAUGGAGGAAUAU